AAGCUAGUGAUGUAUUUCAUCCUCUUUCCAGUGAUAUGUGGUCCUUGGGAUGUGUGCUGUAUGAGUUGUGCAUGCUUCAGUCUGCCUUCACUGCAGAGAAGACGAUCAAUCGCCUCCCCAAAAUAUUAGGGGGUCCAUACCCAACUCUCCCAGACACAUUCCCUCUUGAGCUUCGGGAUCGCUUGUGUGAACUCCUCCAGCAAGACCAAAACAAUAGGCCAUCUGUGGGUGCAAUCCUGGCCAAACCCUUGAUUAUUAUUUUACAAACAAAAAAGAUUGAGAAAACUGUGAAGGAACUCCAGACAAAUUUGGUCAAGCUGAGAGCGUUGGCAGACGGCUUGGAGCGUGUGCACCAGGGCACCACCAUAGGCAGUCUGACAGGAGGUGUUAUUGGGGCCGCUGGAGGAAUCACCUCCAUAGUGGGACUCAUCCUAGCUCCCUUCACUCCGGGCGCCUCCCUGAUCGUCACUGGGGUCGGUGUUGGGGUGGCUAUCGCUGGUGCAGCCACAGCCGGAGUAUCCAACAUAACCAACAUGGUCGAUCGGCCUACAGACCAAAAAGCCAUCAAGAGCAUCACCAAGGAGUUCCAGGAGAAGCUGAACUGCGUGGGGACAUCUUUAAAAGACAUCAGUGAUUGUUUGGAGACCCUUAGAUGCUCCGUUGACACAGGAAGUGACCAUUUCAAUAUUGAGAAACUGUCUGCAGCAAGAGUUGGGGACGGCCUAGUGGGAAUUCCAGAGCUUGUCAGAUUGGCCAAAGUGGCCAACAUUGGCAAGUUCGCAGCCCAAACUGCCAGGGCCGUGCAUGUGGCAGAAGUGGCAACAGGAAUAUUCUCAGGUUUUCUUGUAGCAGUUGAUGUGUUCUUCAUCGCCAUGGAUGCCAAAGAGAUCCACAACAUCCACCAGGCAAAGGCAAACGAACAACCUGGUAAUACACAACCAAAGACUGAGCUCAAGUCAGAGACCAUGACGUUCAUCCAGGUGAUCAGACAGACAGCUGAUCAACUACAGAACAGCCUGGAAGAAAUAUGUAAUGCCCUCACAUUUAUUCCUAACACAGAGAACAUUGACAACUUAGGCAAUACUCAGUGACGUGAUUAUUAAAACAUUCUUCUUUCUGUUUCUUUACUAUGACUACUGAAGAAACUGGAUUUUGACCCG